AAAGAAAAGAUUUGGUAUUGAAAAGAAAGUCGAAAAUUGUUUUCCACUGCUUCUGUGUAUUGUUGAGGAUAAGAAGCUUCUGGAUGGGGUUCUUUGGUUAGGUGCCUGAAAUUGGGUCCAAGGGAAAGACAUCGUUUGGCUUUGUUGUGUUCACUGUGUGUUUGUGAAAUUACUGAAGUGACGCUUGUUGAUCCGUUUCCCUCUCUGCCCUGUAUGCACCUCAAAUGUAACUUCUUUUUUGAGAGAGAGUAAUCAUUUUCAAUGGCUUCAGGAAUCACUAUGAAUAUAAUUGUGUCAGUUCCCAGUGCCAAGGGAAUAACUACGGCAGCUCCAAGAGAUUCUCAUUUUCUCAAGGCUAACCCUUUAUCUUCCCUUAGUUCACUCCAUUCUCUCCAGUAUGGUAGCAGUAUGCUUAGAGUUCCUGUGAUGAUUAGAAUGCGACCAGAGAGGUUUUGUCAAUAUGUGCUUACUGUCAGGAAUGAAGUGCCGCAAAAUGCUGAUUUUCCACGGCAGUAUUCGAGAAGAGUGAAGAAACCUUUUCCAGUUCCCAUUUUAGAGCUACGACGAGCAGCUAGGGAGAGGAUGAAGAAGAUGAAAGAUGAGCCUAGAAAACCUAUGUCCGCCCCUAAGAAUGGGUUGCUAGUGAAGAACCUUAUACCGACUGCGUAUAAUGUGUAUAAUGCUAGGAUCACUUUGAUUAACAAUCUGAAGAAGCUGCUCAAAGUAGUUCCUGUGCAUGCUUGUGGGUGGUGCAGUGAAAUCCAUGUAGGACCUGUUGGACAUCCAUUCAAGUCAUGUAAAGGCGCACAGACCAACAUCCGCAAGGGGCUCCACGAAUGGUCAAAUGCAUACGUUGAAGACAUAUUAACACCAAUUGAAGCUUAUCACCUCUUUGAUCGCCUUGGAAGGAGGAUUACUCAUGAUGAGAGAUUCCAAAUCCCUCGAAUUCCAGCAGUGGUUGAGCUCUGCAUUCAAGCUGGUGUUGAAAUUCCAGAAUUUCCCACAAAGAGGAGAAGAAAGCCUAUCAUCCGUAUUGGGAGGAAGGAAUUCAUCGAUGCUGAUGAGAGUGAACUACCGGAUGAAGUCCCUGAGGGCCCUUUAAAACCAUUACUGGCUGAAAUACCUGAUGAAGAAACAGUUGCUCCAUUGGACAAUGAACUAGUCCCUCUUGCCGAGGAAACACUCCAAGCAUGGGAAAGAAUGAGAAUAGGUGCAAAGAGACUGAUGAGGAUGUACAAGGUAAGGGUAUGUGGAUAUUGCCCAGAAGUUCAUGUGGGUGCCCAGGGUCACAAAGCUCAAAACUGUGGAGCACAUAAACACCAACAACGUAAUGGGCAGCAUGGUUGGCAAUCUGCAGUUCUGGAUGAUUUGAUCCCACCUAGAUUUGUGUGGCAUGUUCCUGAUGUAAACGUGCCACUAGAUCGAGAGCUUAGGAAUUUUUAUGGGCAGGCACCUGCUGUAGUGGAAAUUUGCAUUCAGGCUGGUGCUGCCUUACCAGAACAAUAUAAAUCAACCAUGCGGCUGGAUGUGGGGAUCCCAUCAACUUCGAAAGAAGCUGACAUGGUGGUUUGAGAAGAACUGCUAUUAUGUACAAACCCAUAUUUUGAAUAUACUGUAAUUUAUAAUAAACUGAAUGCAAUGGUAAUUUAUUCAUUUAACAA